UCAGUUUCAAUGGAUGGAAGAUAAUAUUGAAAAUCAUCUUUCUCGAUAUGUCCAAUCAUAUGCUCCAAUUAAUUCGUUCCCUUUCCCGGAACACCUAUUAAAAGUGUAUCACGGUAGUGAAAGUACUAGAUUACUAAUAAAUAAAGCAACUCGAAUCAUUACGCUCUAUAAAAUUACAACAAAACAUCCCUACGGCAGCUCUCAGAUAUAAUGGAAAACGGGCCAUCAGCAUUGCUGUAGAAUUGGUAGCCUAACACACAAAAACCCACGGAUAUAUUACCCGCUGUGGUUAAUCUUUUCAAAGCCCUCUAUUUCCCGCGUCAAGAAACUCAGAAUAUUGUAAAUAUGUCUCUUGUUAUUUAUCUUUUCAUUGCAAUGAGUCUGAUCAUCCUACUUAUAUCCACCUUGCCUCGUCGAUCACGGUUUCCAGGCAUCCCAAGAGUUGGCAAAACCUCAGGACUUUUAGACAUUAACCGUGCUGCCGCAAAAAGAGAAUUUAUGAAUAAUGGACAUCGUCUCGUAGAUGCAGGUUACCGCAAGGUAAGAUAUAUUCUCACUACCUACUUAAAUGUUUCCGGGAGAAAAAACUAAUAUCAGACGUAAUAUAGUAUAGAGACAAGCCUUUCAUAGUCCAAACAGAAGACAUGGAACGUCUAAUCCUCCCUCCUAAAUUUCUUGCAGAGCUACGUAUGUUACCCGAAACAAAACUCAAUCAGUCUAUUGCUCUUGUAGAAAGAUGGUUGGGUCAUUAUAGUGGUGUUGAUAUUGUUUUAAAGAGUCGUCACCAUUCUCAUGUUUGUCGGGUUCAACUUACUCAGAAUUUACGUGAGUGUUCGCACAUUUUGCCAAACUAUUGGAUCCAAGAAUCGAGACUAACGAGCAUGUCGCAGCUGAAUUUGUGCCAGAUAUGGCAGCAGAACUUUCAUUCGCCAUGUCAAGAUCUUUGAUUCAUUGCUCUUCACGAGGUUAGUUUCCGCGUACCCUUAGGCAAACCUCAUAUAGCUUAUUGUUCAUGCAGAAUACGCAUCAAUACCCACCUACUCAUAUGUAUACUCGAUGAUUCUGGCCGUAUCCUCACGAGUCUUCGUUGGCCUGCCACUUUCCCGUGAAAAGGCCUGGCUAGAUAAUGUUUCUGCUUACUUGAAUGAAGUAGCAGCAAUCGCUGAUUCACUCCGUCCAUAUCCUCGUUUGUUACGUCCUCUCCUCAGACCAUUCCUCGCUCCAAAAAGUCGUAUGGAUGGCAUUCUUUCAAAAGCUCUAGAGAUUCUAGGACCUGCCAUUCAGGAGAGGCAAAAGCCCCAUCAUAAAGCAAAUGAUCUAUUAGGAUUCCUGAUUUCAACAUCCAAAGUUGUUAACCCAAAAGAGAUCACUUUGAAACUUUUGGUGCUGAAUGCCGCAGCGGUUUGUUCCCGUUUCUGUUUAAAUCUUGACAUUCCAAUCCGAAGCUAAUUAUAGACUAAUAGCUACACACAUCUACAAUGGUCGCAGUCCACACUCUGUACGAUCUCUGCGAGCGACCAUCAUACAUCGUCGACUUGCGUGCCGAAAUCAAGGAUGUCUUGAAAGAAGAAGGAUCAUGGCGAAUUUCCACCAUAAACAAGCUGAGAAAAUUAGAUAGUUUUAUGAAAGAAUCUAUGCGGUAUAAUCAACCAAAUGCUCGUACGUAUAUCUCAACUGCCCAAGCAAAACCUCACUAACAAAGCACCAGUAUCCUUCGACCGCAUAGUUCUCACACCCCAUACCCUCUCCACUGGUCUCCACCUCCCUAUCGGAACAUUUAUAUCCAUGGCCUCCGAAUCCAUGUCUCGAGACCCAACCUACUACUCCAGCCCGGACUCCCCAACCAUCUUCAACCCAUCCAGAUUCCACCAAUCGUUUGCCCGGACCGAAAAACCAAUCUAUAACCCCCUCAAAGAAUUCACCAGCAUCGAACCCGGUAAUUUAGCGUGGGGAAAUGGAAGGCAAACAUGUCCGGGGAGAUGGUAUGCAGGAGUUGUGAUAAAACUUGUCGUGGGGACUUUGUUGGAGGGGUAUGAGAUGAAGUUUCCGGAGGGAGUGAGACGACCGGAAAAUUUGUAUAGGAAUGCGGGGACUAUGCCAUGUGUUAAGCAGGAGAUACUUUUGAGGGAGCUGGUGUGAGGUGGUAGGAAAGGUUCUUAGAGGAAAAUAAAAGGGUUUGAAUUUGAUUGUGAUG